GAGGAUUGCUUGUGGUGUGCUCCCACGCGUGCCGUCAUCAGCAGGCGGCGUGAAAACGCGUCCCAUCCGGUGGCAUCUUGACUGAAAUGCACACGGCGACCAACCAGACCCACCACCGGGAAGACCUUAUGCAGGCUUCUCUACGGCUGAGCAGAUAGAUAUAGAUAUAGUAUCACAAGCAGGCGGUGCCUCUGCGCGGGUCAUAUCAAACCCAGCUCUCCAACGACCACCUUCGUCAAGAACCGAAAUGGCGACCACCGCCCUCCCGAACCCCACCCUGGACGUCUACUCCCUCGCGCCCCUCCUAAUCAUCAACAACGACGGCGCAGAGCUCGUAGACGGGCGGUUCGAAGGCGAAGGCAGCGUCACAUUCUCCACCGGCAAUACUUAUGUCGGGCCAUUUCGGAAUGGCUACAUGGAAGGCAACGGCACGUACACUUGGGCGGCGACUGGGACGACCUUCCAGGGCGAUUUGAAGAAGAAUAAGAUUGUCGGGUCGGGGACGUACACUUGGAAGAGCGGCUGUAAAUACGAGGGCCAGGUGUCGGAUGGCUUGCGACAUGGCAAGGGAACGUUCUCGUGCGCGCCCCUGUCAUCGGCAUGGUAUGAGGGGUCCUGGAAUGCCGGCAAGAUGUGCGGACAGGGCAAAUUGACAUACACCGACAAUGCCUCAUAUAAUUACGAAGGCACCUGGCGUGAAGGCUUGAAAAACGGGCGCGGCAUCAUGCGCUACGCGUCUGGGAACGUCUACGAUGGCGAGUGGCUGAAUAACGUCAAGCAUGGCCAUGGGGUGAUGCAGUGGCUGGAUCGGGGGGAGACUUAUGAGGGUGCUUGGCAGAACGGGAAACCAAACGGAUAUGGACUAUACACAUGGUCCAUGCGGCCUGCAAAGUCGCAUCAGUUCCCAACGCAGAAUCGGUACAAAGGCAACUGGGAAAACGGCAAACGCAACGGCCAAGGCACCUUCGAGUACGCCAACGGCGCCGUCUACACGGGCGACUGGAAGGACGACAUGAAGCAUGGGUUCGGCAAAUACAUCUCGGAGAACGGACGACGUUAUGUGGGCGAGUGGAAGAACGACCGGCCCGUGGGCGGGUUGGAGCCUUAUCGGAAUGAAUGCCCCUAUACGUUCCACCUCGCCGAUCUACUCCCCGGAAGUGAUGCCAACUCGCUGGAGACCGAACUGCAGCAAGUAAACGACAUCGUCAUGCGACAUAUCCAGGACCUCCGAGCGAUCUACAGCUUCUACGCCGAUAAUGGCCUCUCCAGACGGUCUCAUAAAGGGUCGCCGAUGACAUUGGUCGAUCUGUGUCGACUGAUUAAGGAUUGUGGGGUGUUGGAUCGGAAGGUAACUUUGGCGGAUUGCACGAGGAUAUAUGCACGGCAGUUUAAGGAUGAUGAUUGUCAUGUGGAGCAGUAUCAGGCACCCCACGACCCCGCCCAAACCUUCAUCCUCCACGACUUCCUCCACUUCCUCCUCCGCGUCUCCCACCUCCUCUACGCCCACACCCCAAACCUGUCCCUUCACUCCACCGGCCUCGCCGCCUCCUUCUCCCACUUCAUCAAACACGACCUCCUGCCGAACAUCACCUUCCACACCCCAACCGACGACAUCACCACCUUCCAAGCAGAGCUCCGCUGCUUCUUCGAGGACAGGUACGCGGACACCCUUUACGCGAUGUAUGACGAGCGCGCGCGUUUCAGACCCGGGAAAUCACUGCCGGGGAGUAGAGGGGAUAGGACGUGGACGUUUAGAGAUGUCACGCUUGUGGUCGGCGAGUAUGGGCUGCUGACGAAUAGGGAUAGUCUGUUGACCAUGACGACGGUUGUGGAGGUGCUGUCUGGGGGUGGGAAGCGGAUUGUUGAGGACGGGUGUUAUAACCUGGAGCAUGAGGUAUGGCUGACGGGUUCUGGAUUUACGGCUGGAUAUCAUAUGGUUUUGGGUGCCUGA